AGAGACGACGGAAGGCCCCGAUAGCGAGAGAGGAGUGUUCGCGCGCCCUACCUAAAAUAUGACUCACUGAGGGUGGUUGUGGUGGUGGUGUGUGUGCGAGUGUGAUUCGGCAGACGGUGCAGGUAUUCGGGUGUGUCAGUGGCGGCCGAAAUGGAGGCGCUCGUCGGCCCGUAGCGCCCACACGACACUGGACCGGAGGAGCAGUGCGUCGGGAAAUCGGGAAAUUCGGCGCCAAGAUGGCGAUCACCCUUUGACGAGUGAGUGCGGCUGAUUUCGCUCACCAUGAAUUGACGACCGAUUUCGCGAGGCAGCUGCAGAAAUGACGUCGACGCCGAGCGAGAGGAAAGUGGGCAAGGACCCUGUCUCUUCCGAGAGCCAGCAAUACGUCGGGCCCUACCGGCUCGAGAAGACCCUGGGCAAAGGACAGACAGGGCUCGUCAAGCUGGGUGUGCACUGUGUACACGGCAAGAAGGUCGCCAUCAAGAUCAUCAACCGAGAGAAGCUCAGUGAAUCGGUAUUAAUGAAGGUUGAGCGCGAGAUUGCUAUUAUGAAACUGAUAGAUCACCCUCAUGUACUCGGCCUAACAGAUGUAUAUGAAAACAAAAAAUAUCUGUACUUGGUGCUGGAGCACGUCUCCGGAGGCGAACUCUUUGAUUAUCUGGUGAAGAAAGGACGCCUCACGCCAAAGGAGGCACGCAGGUUCUUCAGGCAAAUCAUCUCGGCCUUGGAUUUUUGUCACAGCCACUCGAUAUGUCAUCGUGACCUAAAGCCGGAAAAUCUGUUGCUCGACGAGAAAAACAACAUUAAAAUCGCCGACUUUGGCAUGGCCUCGCUGCAGCCAGACGGCAGCAUGCUCGAAACCAGUUGUGGUUCUCCCCACUACGCCUGUCCUGAAGUGAUAAGGGGAGAGAAAUACGACGGCCGGAGGGCGGACGUGUGGUCGUGCGGGGUCAUUUUGUAUGCCCUGCUGGUCGGCGCGCUUCCCUUCGACGACGACAACCUGCGUCAACUUUUAGAAAAAGUGAAAAGAGGGGUCUUCCAUAUUCCACACUUUGUUCCGCCCGACUGCCAAAACUUGCUCCGUGGGAUGAUUGAAGUCCACCCUGAGAAGAGAAUGACGUUGUCGGAAAUCAACCGUCAUCCUUGGGUGACUGCUGGGGGGAAAGGCGAGCUGGAGUUGGAGCUGCCAAUGAUGCAGGUUGUGCAGACGCACGUGCUCCCCUGCGUCGACUCGAUGGACCCUGACGUGUUGCAGGCAAUAACUAGUCUCGGUUGCUUCAAGGACCGCGAAAGGCUGAUCAUCGAGCUCUUGAGUCCAAACCACAACACAGAAAAGGUGAUUUACUUUCUGCUGCUGGAGCGCAAAAGAAAGAGGCCGGCGUUUGAAGACGACACAGAGGCGAUCAUCAGAAGCCGGACGGAGACUGCAGACCCUCCAAGAAAAAGGGUGGACGCUUGCAAGCUGAACGGCGCUUCACCCUUCAAGUUUGGCCAAAUCAGCGAAGGCUCACCACUAACGCCUAGAAGACAACACUUCAAACCUGUGAAUUUGCUGGAAACGGGCACUCCCCGGCACAGGCGGUCUGUGAGUGGCACCGGUUCGGUGAACCACCACACACCUCUGCACAGCCACAACAGCUCUCCCGUUGUGUCACCCCUUCCUACCAGAGCUGCUCACCACAACAGGACAGGAAGUGGAGGUGGAAAUUUGUCUGCAAUCGGUCUGGGCAACCUGUUGAGUGCGGCGACCUCGUCAACGUCGUCCGCCGCUCACCAGUCAAACGAUUCGUCGGACCAGUCGGCCAACAACAUGGCCACGCCGCCAGGGUCGCCGCACGCCGGCCACCACUGGAGGACCAGACUCACCACCAUCAAGAACUCGUUUCUCGGCUCGCCGCGUUUCCACCGCCGCAAAAUGCAAGAAAUUGCAGCGAGCUCGGAGGAAGUGCACUUGACACCAGAGUCGUCGCCAGAGCUGACCAAGAAGUCGUGGUUCGGCUCUUUGAUGGCCACCGAGAGGGACGAGACUUUCACCAUUUUGGUUAAGGGAAAGCCUUUGGCCACUGUUAAAGCUGACCUCAUUCAUGCCUUUCUCUCAAUUACUGAGCUAAGCCACAGUGUGUCCAGCCCAAUGUCCUUCAAGGUGGAGUAUAAGAGAGGCUCCAACGGUCCAGCCAUGUUCCAGCGACAAGUGAGAUUUCAAGUGGACAUUUCCACAAUCGCCAAACCCGAAGAUCCAAUUGAAUCGAUUUAUGCCAUCACUUUCACCUUAAUAUCAGGGAAUAUCCGUCGCUUCCGACGGGUGUGCGAGCACAUCCAGGCGCAGGUGUGCAGCAGGCGGCCGCCGGCGUCGCCCAGGGCGCAGCGGAAAGUGGCGCCCGAGCUGAGCGAGAGCUCGAGCUGCGGCUCGGACACUUCAGAGCGGCUGUCCCCGUACCCUGGCACGAGACAGAUCGAGUCUGACCUGGAGAGUGAGAGUUCCGUUUUUGACAACAUCAAGUCGCCAGGACGUUCCCACGACCCUUGCUCGUCCGCCCUGAUGACGACGUCCCUGGAGGUCGGUUCGUCGGCGUCGAGCAGCACCACGACCCUGGUGGUGCCGUCGCCGUCGUCGGGUCUGCAAAGCGGGCCCGGCGGCCCCUGAGGCUACGCACCGUCUUUUUGGUGCUAGUUUACGACGCCGCUCGAGUUCACCGUGCGUGAACCACCUCCGUGUAAACUGACCCCAAAAAGAACUCUCCAAAGAAACAGAGCGAGCAGCAGCGAAGGAGCCACGCGCCGCGAAUACUCAUCAUUCCUGCCAUGACAAGUUGAUGGUCAAAAUCUCAUAUUACACUUACGCACUUACGAAUAAGGUGACACACACACACACAUACACAGCUGCAAGAAGAAGAAGCAACUUGAUGAACACUCACGUGCGCGCAUACUGAAUGAAAAUUAUUUAAUACGUAGGGAAAUUAACCAACUCCUAAUACUCUCCUAGGCCACCACUUUCCAGAUUUCUGGCGAAACUGUAAAAAAAUGACUUGGUCUGAUCUCUGACACGUGACUCAAUAUAAAAUACUGCUUCAAGAAAGGUACACUGUUAACAAAUUCUCUUGAUUUUUAUUUUUUAUUUGCCAUCCAUGGAAUUUAAGGCUUGGAAAAAUAAGGGGAUUUAUUUCUUCUGAAUAUACGGUUGAAAUUAAGUUCCGUGAUUAAUUUAAAACUUUGCAUCAUUGCAAUUUAUUCCAUUUUUAUUUAAAUCUAUUUAUUAAACACGUAAAUAAAUUUAAUAAAUGGUUAAAAUAAUUACAGGUGUUAAAGAAUAAUUGUUAAUCAAGCUUCCUUUGUUAAACGACUCUGAUUAGGAUUUGAACCAAUUGAUACUUUUGAUCAAAUACCAACCGUUUCUUAAGUCAUCAGAUGCUUAAUCUGGCCAAAUUUUAGGUGGUCAAAGUCUUCUGAUGUCGGCAAACCGCUAAUCCCGCGUAUAUCAAGAAUCAAGAAUCUGCCUCGUUUUUGGACUGUUUCACUUGAUUCGUGCGAUUUCUUGAUAUAUAAGUCUGAUUCAAAUACCAAAAGAUUGUUGCCGGAAAUUAAACGCCUAGCAUAUAAAAAAGUCAGUCAAAUAUUGUAAAGUGUGAUUUAAAAGGAAAUAAUAAAAUAUAAUAGAAAAGGCAAUCUCGAAGUAAAACUGCGGAAAAGGUUAUAGAAUUUUGAAUUAAUAAACCAAAAAAAUACCCAUGGAGCUUGAUGCAAAUGGCAUUUAAUCUAAACAAAAAAGAAUCCAAUUUAAACCACCCCUCAACAUCUCUGUUAUUAUUUUCUCUUGUAUAAAUUUUAAGUUCAGCAAAUAUUUAAUUUUUUUAUCAUAACUGAUAUUAAUGAUUGCUAAUCUAUAAUUUUUACCAAAUGGAUAUGACUUAUAUUCACUUAUUUUUUCAAGCCUAAAAAAUAUAACGUAAAAAUGCCAAAGGGAGAAGGGGUUUAUGUUGCGGUAAAAUUGUGCCAAACCACCUUAAAACCCCAAAACGCAUAAUAUUCAUUCCGGCGUACUUUGUUGAGAGAGAAAACACUAUAAUUGUUACGUUGGAUCGCAUAUCCUAUACAUUAAACUUGCACGGUGUUUGCGUUGAAAAAUCGUGAUUGACUUUGAAGAGGAAACACGCACUCCUCAGGGUCAACGUGGCGCUUGUUAACUGCACGCUUUCCUUCGUUAGAAAUACAAGUGAAUGAGAAUUAAUUAUACCACGUGUUUGUUGUCAGAAACUCACACACCCGAACCAAUCAAACUAAUGAUUUGUGCUGAGAUUUUUCCUAUAUUAUUGCUCUCCUAUAUUUAAGUAAGGCUUUGCAGAGGUAAAUCGAAAGAAAACAACAUUUACAACACGAGCUUGUUAAAUUUUAAAACUAUUUUCGCGUAUAUAAUGAGAUGAUAUUUGCAUAAUUUUACAAUUAUUCGCUCUCAAUUAUUGCUCUUUCCGAAAAACUCAAUGGGAUAGUAAAAAAGUAAAUUUAGAGAGGGAGGGAAAAAUUAUAAAAAAAUUAUUUCGGUUAAAAUAACAAAUGCUCAGAGAAACCUUUCACAACUAAUAUUUCGCCACCACAACUUUAGCCAACCAGCAAUGUAACAAGUAAAAACAAGAAUUAGAAAAUUUUCUGCCAGAAACCGUUGAUAUGCGUUAUAGAGAAAAAAAACUACUACUAUUACUGGCAAUUGAUAAGGACUUUAGAGUGUAGCAGAAAAGUAAGAAUAACACGUACGCUAAUCAAUAAGUGUCUGUCCAGAAAACAUGUUUAACGAAUCAGCUGAAGAAUCAUAUAAAAUGUAUAAAAAAUAAUGCCUCCUAGCCUGUCAGGUGGUUUGAGAGAGAUUCGCUUCCGAGAAUUAUUGUAAAAGAGAAAAAAUACAUGCAACACUGACGAAAAACAGCUCGAGCUUUUAAAUUAAACUGAAUUUGAUGAGAAAAUUAAAAUAACACAACAUCUAGAUGCAGUCACGGUGUGAAAUAUCAAAUAUACUUUUUUGCUUAAGACAAAAAAUAGAGAUUUUUGUAUGAGAUGACACACGGAGUGCGUGAACUUAUACCAUUAGCGGUGUGCUAAAAAAACUAAAAAGAUAUUGAGCGUGAUCUCAAAUCGUCCAUUAAAGUUACUUCCUGUAAAUUUAUAAUUAUAUAUUAAUACCCUCAUGAUAAUUGUUAGCUCGCGUGGGAGAAUCACUCUCAAACCGCAGUAUUUAAGUGAAAAAAAUUUGCAUAGGAAAAUUAGUCCUAUACGAGCUGUACAAAAACAAAAAUCAUCAAAAUCUGCAAUAAAAAUUUGUAUCGUCAGGAUUUUAAUGUGCAAAGUGCUUGGAAAAACGCAGAUUUUUUUUCUAAUAUUUUUUAUUCCAAAAAAAAAAAUUACACCAUUUUAAUAUUUUAAAAGGAAAAACUUGUAAUUAUUGACUAGGCGCAAUUUCUGAUAUUUUGAUUCUUUUGGCUGAAAUAUUUUAUGUAAAUCUGCGCAUUUUUCCAUAAACUCUCAUCAAAGUCAAAAUCAUAUCUUUUUUGGAAAGAGGAGUCUCAUCACACCACCCAUGUCACCUAAACUUGAUAUACUUGAAUGUACUUGUGCGAGAGAGAAACUGUUGUUAUCCCAAAUGAUAUGUUACGUUUGAAGAUAUGCUUGCGUUUUUUGACCAAUUCCGGUGUAUGUAAAAAUUUACAUCGCGGUUUCUGUUAGUCCGGCAUUUGAAGGAAGUGAAAAUGUGAGACUAUUAAUAGAAGCUUGAGCGCCUGUUGAAAGCUGCAAGUGCAAAAAGUGUGUGCGGGCGUUUGAGACUUUGAAAGAAAAGUGCAGUUCGUUAGACAAUGAGAAUUAAAAAAAAAAUAAAAAAUCGAGUUGUGGAGAAUGUUAGCGAAAAUAAAAAUGUAUAAAAAGCGAGAAAAAUUAAAACUGCUAACCUGCCAGACGUUAAACUGUAUAAGAAAAAAAACACGCGAAAAGUUAAAACACAUAAUGUUGGUGUAUGUUUUUGCUCUGUGAUAUAGCUGAAAACAAUUUUUUGCCUAACAACUUGUCAAUGGAAGACAUUUUUAUGUGUUUGUGAACCAAAAAACCGAUAUUAUAAUUCAUAAUAGACGUUUGUGCAAUUUGGUGAGACAAAAACAAAAAAAGAAUCACACCGGUGGAUUUUAAAUUAUUGUUCCUGUAAAAAUUUGCGACCACUAAACUUCAUUGAUAUAAUCCUGAAAUAAAUCGACGUAUUUCUGAUUUUUCCUAAUCCAAUUUUGAGACCUGUAUCAACCCCCGUACUUGUGGAGCAGUGAUCAAGAGAAACGAAUUAUAUAAAAAUGAAGUCCUUUUGAUGAUUUUAGUGAUAUUUCGAAUGGAAAAUGACGGAAUUUACUGUUGAUGUGAUGAAUUAACCAACCGCGAAUUAAAUUUGAUCAAAAUAGAAGCAAUCCGGCGCGCGCACUUUGGUGAAUUUGAAGGUGUGAAUCAAGUGCGGAUUUUCCAUGAUUAUUUGUCGCUGCUGCAAUCAAUAAUGUCCUUUGUAAAUUGUGGCUAAAAUAUGUGAGUUCUGAAAAGGAAUGUGUCAAAGUUUUCGUUGGAUGAGUUUUACCUAAUUAUGUCACAAAUAAAUACACAAAACA